AGGAGGCGGGAGUUAUCCGGAAAACGGGUGUGAGAACAUGCGGACGUCAAGCGGCUAAAAGUUGCAGCAGACGUGGUGAGUUGAUGUGGCACUCGCAGCUAGUCAUAGACGUUGUACUUGAACCGAGGAAACGACUCCUGGAUUGUAAUUUGGUGUAAAGCACGUGAUCAGCAUGUUGCUGCAGAGGCUGUCUCUGUGCUCCCGGCUUUCUGUGGGACACACAACCUUCACAAGAUCCGUUUCUAUCGGGAAAAAUCCUUCUACUUCUCCGUCUGUCAGACGCCAUGCUGUGCGUCAUUGGAGUAACGUGCCUUUUCUUACAGUGCCGUUGGCGCGUGCCCAUGGUAAGUCAUUCGCACACCGGGGUGAACUUCGGCAGGCCAAGCGGAUCGUUGUGAAGCUGGGCAGUGCUGUAGUAACUCGAGGUGAUGAAUGCGGCCUUGCACUUGGAAGGCUUGCAUCUAUUGUAGAACAGGUAGCAGUGCUGCAGAACCAAGGCAGAGAAAUGAUGAUCGUCACAAGCGGAGCUGUAGCAUUUGGGAGACAGAGACUGAGGCACGAGAUUCUUCUCUCCCAGAGUGUCAGACAAGCCCUUCAUUCAGGACAAAAUCAGCUUAAAGACAUGUCUCUGCCUGUUCUGGAGGCGAGGGCGUGUGCCGCCGCAGGACAAAGUGGACUGAUGGCACUGUAUGAGGCAAUGUUCACUCAGUACAGCACCUGCACAGCACAGAUCUUGGUUACAAACUUGGACUUCCACGAUGACCAGAAGAGACGAAAUCUGAACAGCACGCUGCACGAGCUUCUGCGUAUGAACAUCGUGCCUAUCAUCAACACUAAUGAUGCAGUGGUGCCUCCCCCUGAGCCAAACAGUGAUCUGCAGGGGGUAAAUGUUAUCAGCAUCAAGGACAAUGACAGUUUGGCAGCACGGCUUGCAGUGGAGAUGAGAGCAGAUCUCCUUAUCGCUCUUUCUGAUGUAGAAGGUCUAUAUGACAGCCCUCCCAGUUCUGAUGAUGCUAAAUUUAUUGACACUUUCUACCCCGGAGACCAGCAGUCUAUAACCUAUGGCAGCAAAUCCAGAGUUGGCAUUGGGGGAAUGGAAGCAAAGGUGAAAGCUGCACUGUGGGCUCUUCAGGGGGGCACAUCUGUAGUCAUCGCUAAUGGCACUCACCCUAAAGUCACAGGCCAUGUCAUCGCAGACAUUGUAGAGGGAAAGAAAGUGGGCACCUUCUUUUCCGAGGUCAAGCCUGCUGGGCCCACAGUGGAGCAACAGACAGAUAUGGCUCGCACUGCAGGGAGAACACUGGCAUCCCUUCUUCCAGAAGAGCGGAGCGAGAUCAUUUAUUCCAUGGCUGACCUUCUGACUGAGAAGAGAGAGGAAAUUAUGUCAGCUAAUAAAAAGGACAUGGAACUGGCUAUGGAUUCGGGGCGUAUGCCUCCUGCCAUGCUUAAUCGGCUGAGUUUGUCAACAGCUAAGCUGAACAGUCUGGCCAUCGGCUUGCGUCAGAUCGCAGUGUCCUCUCAAGACAGCGUGGGACAAGUACUGCGCAGAACCCGUGUGGCCAACAACCUUGAGCUGGAACAGAUCACUGUGCCCAUUGGGGUACUACUCGUCAUCUUCGAAUCACGUCCAGACUGCCUGCCUCAGGUAUCUGCAUUAGCUAUUGCUAGUGGGAAUGCUUUGCUGGUGAAGGGUGGAAGGGAGGCAGCUAACACCAACCGUGUCUUACAUGAGGUAGCACAGGAGGCUCUAUCUAUACACGGUGUCAAAGACGCCAUCCAACUGGUAAGCACACGUGAGGAUGUGGAAGACUUGUGUCGGCUGGAGAAGAUGAUUGAUCUAAUCAUCCCCCGUGGUUCGUCUCAGCUGGUCCGAGAUAUCCAGCGGGCUGCUAAAGGCAUUCCUGUGCUGGGUCACAGUGAGGGCAUCUGCCAUGUCUAUAUCGACCAUGAGGCCAGCAUAGACAAAGUUGUCAAAAUUGUCAGAGACUCGAAAUGUGAUUACCCUGCAGCCUGCAAUGCUAUGGAAACCCUGCUAGUUCACAGAGAUGUGCUUCGGACCCCACUGUUUGAUCAGAUCAUUGACAUGCUGAGAACAGAGCAGGUGAAGAUACACGCUGGCCCCAGGUUUGCAUCAUACCUGACCUUCAGCCCGUCCGAGGUAAAGUCACUGCGCACAGAAUAUGGAGACCUGGAAUGCUGCAUAGAGGUGGUAGACAGCAUGUACGAGGCAGUGGAUCAUAUUCAUAAAUAUGGCAGCUCCCACACAGAUGUGAUCGUUACUGAGAAUGAGGAGACAGCAGAGCAGUUCCUGCAGUUGGUGGACAGUGCCUGUGUCUUCUGGAAUGCCAGUUCAAGGUUUGCUGAUGGAUAUCGCUUUGGUCUCGGUGCAGAGGUUGGUAUCAGCACUUCUCGUAUCCAUGCUCGUGGACCCGUAGGCCUGGAGGGGCUUCUCACCACCAAAUGGGUUCUGAGAGGAGACGGCCACACAGCAGCAGACUUUUCCGAGCAAGGCAGUAUGAAGUUCCUUCAUGAGAAUCUGCCUGUUGCACAGCCCCGAACUGGACAUAGAACCUCCAACUAGAGCUGGUCAACAAAUAAACCCCUUUCAAGAUGCACAGCAUUCCCUAUCGAUAACAACCUUGUCUGGAUCCUGGAAUUUAUAAUCGGAAAGCAUAACAAGGAAUAGCAAAGAAUAAGAAGACUAAAAUUGUAUAUUUUAAUAUGUGAAGAGCUGGUGCAGUGUUCUGUGUUUGUUGAAUUUCCUUUUUCCUUUAAAUUUACCAAUUUCAUUAACUCACCAUUGGAUGCAGUGGGUUGUAUACUAUAGGAAUUAGAAACACUGACCCAUUUAAAGACUAGGAAGCAACAUUCCCUCUAGCUACAUUUGCGUAACAACUUAUAGGGAAACACAAUGCAUAUGGUUUUCUGGCAGGUUCUUGUGACUGAUCACCUUUAUUCUAUGACAAACAUUUCUAUCUUGAUUGGUGUGGUCUCUCCCAGGAAGACAAUAUCCCCAUUCACAGCGCCUGAGGGCUCACUGCACUGAACAGCUUCAUGAGUGACAAUAUGUUGUGGACCUCAAAUUUCAGCCCAAGUAAAUAAAAGAGAUUUUGGACAAGCAUCGUCUACCACCACCAUCAUAAAAACAACAUUAUAUAUUAAAUAUAUAUUUUUUGGAAGAAUGGUGUUCAUCCCUCUGGUACAGUGAAGAGACCUGUAGCAUCUUUACCAAGGUUCUGGUGGGUCAUUGAUCCUUUUCUUUGUUUCAUCACUUGUCUGUAGCUUGUGUAUUUUUUUUGCCUCCUUGCUGAGACAUAUGUGGUUCUGUACAAUAUUAGAGUUAUAAAACUUAAAUCAUGCAUGAGGUUAUAUGUUCACAAACUUGUUAAUCUAAGAGUGUCAGGCGGUGACUGUGGUUAUUGUGCACAAUAUGUAACUCUGGACCAUUAUGCCCAGUUAUGGGAUAUUGUCUUGUAAUCCUUUUGCUUUUUCCUGAAAUCCAAAAUUGUUUUAUACUAUGUAUCUAAUAACUGAACAUGAUAUACUGUCUCGCAGUAGAAUUAAUCAAAUUCAAGUUUAUUUAAAAUUAACCGCAUAUUUUUUUUCAAUGAAACUACAAUAUGCUUUUGCUUUAUUUUGUUGUUUUGCCAUACUACACUACAGACUCUGCCUCAAAUAGAAAGACUUUGCAGCACCCGGCAUUUCUUGCUUACCGUGUUGCACUGUUAGCAAGGGUGGCUACUGCUGAUGGGUUUAUUGUCUUUAGGUGAAAGGGCUGUAACAUUUGUGGCGUUUGGCGUUGGUCAGUGAACGAUGAACAUAUUCAGUAAUUUGUAUAUCUGAAUUGUACAUUAAAUUUUUGCAGAAUCCCC